UACGAUUCCGGCAAAGGCAGGCAAAGACCAAACAAAACGGCUCUCCGUCCCACUCACUCAGUUCAACACUAUCAGUUAGCCGAAAAUGUUGGCACUUAUUCUACUGGCAGCCUUUGCACUGGCACUGUGGUUCUGGGUGUGGCGCUGGCGUUCCCGGCUGCACGCACCGUUUCUGUCAGUUCCAGGACCUCCGGCGCUGCCGUUGCUCGGUAACACCUUUCAGAUCGUCUCCAAAUCAUCGACGGAACUUUUUCACUGGAUGCUGGAGUUGGAAAAGAGCUACGGAAAAGUGUACAAAGUAGACGGUAUAUACGAGUACGUGCUGUUCUAUGCUGCGGCUGAGCAUGUUGAAAAAAUUAUGACCUGUGCGGAGUUCAACUGCAAGGGCGAUGAUUACAAUGUGCUCCUCGAGUGGCUUGGAACGGGACUGCUGACGAGCAAUGGAAACAAGUGGUUUACACAUCGAAAAGCGCUGACAUCGGCGUUUCAUUUUAAAAUUUUGGACAAUUUCGUACCGGUGUUCGAUAGGAAAAGUUCAAUACUGGUGAAGAAGUUGUUGGAAAAUGUCGGUGACACCGUAGAAAUAUUCCCGCUGGUUAAACUGUACACUUUGGAUGUUAUCAUAGAAACAGCCAUGGGAACGGCAUCGGAAGCCCAAACCAAGCAAUCCAAGUACACUCUAGCCGUAGAGGAAAUCGCAGCGAUUGCCUUCUUCCGGAUGUUCAAUCGCAUUUUCUAUUCGGACUUUGUGUUUCAAUUCAGUAAACUGUACGAACCGUACAAGCGCUGUUUGAGAACAAUUCACGACUUUACCCUUUCGGUUAUCGAAAAACGACGACAAACACUGCUACUAAGUUCGACAGCCGCUUCUGACAGACCGGAUAUCCAGGUGCAGGACGACCGGGAGUUGGGUUCGAGGACGAAGAAGGCGCUGCUGGAUAUUUUACUGCAGACAAAUAUUGACGGUAGGCCACUCACGAACGAGGAAGUUAGAGAGGAGGUGGAUACGUUCAUGUUUGCGGGACAUGAUACAACAGCAUCAGCGAUUACGUUCAUUUUGUAUGCACUGGCAAAACAUCCGGAGAUUCAGGAAAAAGUGUACGAAGAAAUCGUGUUCAAUAUCGGCACCGACAAAGACGCCCCGGUAAAUAUCAGUUCCCUCAAUGAUCUGAAGUAUCUGGAUUUGGUGAUCAAAGAAUCGCUUCGGAAAUAUCCUCCCGUCCCGUUCAUUAGCCGGACGGCCAUCAAAGAGGCUAACCUUGGCGGGGUGAUUUUACCAGCGAACACCAACAUCACAAUCGGCAUAUACAACAUGCAUCACAAUGCGGAAUAUUUCCCGGAUCCGGAACAGCUCAUACCGGAACGGUUCGAAACCGAGCGCGGAGCGGAGAAGUUGAACCCGUACGCGUACGUACCUUUCAGUGCCGGCAGUAGGAAUUGUAUCGGACAAAAAUUCGCACAGUAUGAGAUCAAAUCGACAAUUUCGAAAGUGAUUCGGUGCUGUCGGGUGCAGCUGCCUUUCGCAUCCUACGAACCACCGCUCAAAGCCGAGAUGAUUUUGAAACCCAUGGACGACAUGCCGUUGCGGUUUUAUCCCAGAUAAAUAAAUGGGCAAGUGUCAGCGAACAGGACACCAGGUUUGGCAAAUUGAC